CGGAUAUUCACAUUUCUGUGUUUACGACAUUCUCACCAUAUUGACAACAUUGCCGCGAGCUGCGUUAUUUUAAUAAAUGUGAUUAUUCCAUAAAAAUUGUGGACAAUAAGAAUAGCACUGCCUCGAAGCCCGCCCGUUACAGAAUCGGAAAAAAUGGAACGUAACCAUCGGGAGGACCAAUGCAACGAGAUCGAAGCCCUGGAUUCGAUCUACUGCGGUGAAUUGGAAGUGCUAAUGAGUGAACCGCUGCACCGCUUCAAACUGCCUAUAGCGACUGCCACCGAGUAUGACACGGAGGUGGAAACCGAAGGCCUAUCCUGCAAACUAGUUUUUACCUAUACUGAGAAAUAUCCGGACACAGCGCCUUUGGUAGAAAUUGAAGAUCCGGAAAAUUUUCGCGAUGGUUAUGAAGAGGGCCUAUUGGAGCAUAUCAAGCAAACGAUUGAGGAAAAUAUCGGUAUCGAAAUGAUAUUUUCGCUUGUCAGUUCGGCUCAGGAGUGGCUAAAUUGCAAGUAUGACGAACUAAAAAGUGAGGCCGAAAACGAGAAAGAGUUGGCUAAGCGAAGAGUAGAAGAAGAGGAACGUAAAAAGUUUGAAGGCACCCGAGUUACGGUGGAGUCGUUUAUGGCGUGGAAAUCCAAGUUUGAGUUGGAACUUGGCAUCACUGAACGAAAAGAAAAGAUUGCUGCUGAAAGUCGGAAACUAACCGGAAAGGAAUUGUUCCUCCAGGAUAAUACACUGAACGAGUCAGAUCUUAAGUUCCUGAUGGACGCCGGUGAACCGAUCGAAAAUGUACGGAUUGAUGAAUCGCUGUUUCAAAAUAUUGAGGAUCUGGAGCUAGAUUCGGAUGACGAUGAUGAUGAUGAAGACUAUGUGCCCGAGGGCAAAUAAGAAUGAAGAAAAUUUGUUUCUUUUUUUCGCUUAUACAUUGCCUAAGUUAUAAUAUAGGUUCGAAAACUUCUAGCUAGUGUUUGAGAAAAAACAACUGUUUUGAAAAUUGUCCAU